GUGGCGGUAUGCAGCUACUAACAUUGGUCGUGACCCGCCUUACAAUAAGGAAGAAAAUCGGCGAUGAAAAAGGUGGACACGCACACCAAAGACUUGGACGACAAGGACGAAAGACAAAAUAGUCUGUGCUGUAACUGAGUCAGCAUAAUUUCAAAAUGUUCAAGAAUUUGGUCAAGGAAAGACUGAUGGCGGCGGCGGAGGAAAUAUUCGCCCUGUUUGAACGAACGAUCGCGUCGUACGAGGAGGAUCUUUGUCACACAAGAGAGGAGAACGAACGACUGCGGGAAGCCGUUUGCAAGACUCAAAUUCCGGUGCAAGUUGAAGACUUCCAGCAGCUGGUUGGUCGUCCGGAUGGAGUUACCCCUCUACCGCAGGAAAGGAGCUCGCCUUUGACGCAGGAGGUUACACAACUCCCCCACAUUAAAGAAGAAGAGGAGGAACUCUGUCUUCGAGGGCCAAAGUUGCUCCUGACUGGUGUCUCCAUGGAGACUGAAAACCAUGAAGCCAAACUACCUGAGUCCUCACGGCUUCUCCACAGUCCAAGUAAGCAGCCUUCAUGCAGCGGUUCACCACAACACAUGAGCACAGAAGCUGAGGGAGGAUCGCCAGCUGACAACCUCUUAGCUCCACUUUCAGAUACUGAGGUUAAAGAUGAGGAAGACAUUCAAGAACAUUUAAACACAGACUGGGGAAGUGAUAUGAGGACUUACACCAAUGACAAACACUCUGAAUGCUCUGAAAAAAAUACAGCAGCCAUGAAGAAAAACUUUUGCCGAGCAGCUCAUGACGCAGUUAUGGAGCCUUUGGAGGAUGACGACAUCUUGCACGAAGACUUUUCUUCUGAGAGCCAGGAGAGCUCAGACGACUUUGGUCCUGACAUUAAAGAUCCUUGCAGUUCUGAGGAGGAGGAGGAGGAAAAGGAGGAGAAAAAUGGCAACAUUGACAGUCAAGAUGUUUGGAGGUCACGGAAUAGAGAAAUUUUGUGGUCGCCAUCGCAUGAGGUCGCGUUGCCUUUUUUGCCUCCUCCAAUUUGGAACUCUGGACCCACGAACUAUGCCGUGUCGAGAAUCCGGAGCCCGGAAACGGCAUUUGGACUUUUUUUCCCCGAGGACAUAAUGCAACAUCUCCUGCAGAUGACCAAUUUGCAAGGCCAAAGGUCCGUCACGGCUUGGCAAGACAUAAACAUGGUGGAGCUGCGGGCCUACCUGGGCCUCCUCAUUCUGUCCGGGAUUUUCAAGUCCCGGCACGAAUCCACAAAAAGCAUGUGGGACGGCGAGACCGGACGAUCGGUAUUUGCCGCGACCAUGAGCAAAAAGCGUUUUGUCAGCAUCAACAGGGCGGUGAGUUUUGACGACGAACUCUCCCGGCCAACCCGCCACAUACGGGACAACCUGGCCCCUAUCAGAGACGUCUGGACCAAAUGGAACACCCUCCUUCCCCGCAUGUUCAACCCAUCCAGAGACGUCUGCGUUGAUGAGCAAUUUAUCCCAUUUAGGGGCCAUUGCUCUUUCAAAUUGCUCAUACCGCCAAAACCUGCCAAAUAUGGCCUGAAGAUCUGGACCCUGUGCGACGUUGAGACGUCCUACGCGUGGAACAUGCAGGUCCACACUGGAACGCCUGCUUCUGCAGCAGCCGGGGAGGUCGACCAGGGAAUGAGGGUCGUUCUGGAACUCUCCGAUGGCCUCGAGGGCCACACGAUAACCACAAAUAACUUUUUUACUUCCUUCCCCCUUGCUGCGGAGCUCCAAAAAAAGAAGAUGGCCUUAGUGGGGACAAUAAGAACUAAUAAGCAAGAGCUUCCCCCACAGCUGGUCAAAAUUGGAGGCAGAAAAGUUCUGUCUUCAAAGUUUGCCUUCACAGAAAAAAGGACGUUGGUCUCAUAUGUGGCAAAGAAGGGGAAAAAUGUCCUCCUUAUGAGCACAAAGCACCGGGAGCCAAAAGUCCAGGACACAGGAAAGAAGGAACCCCAGAUGAUCCUUGACUAUAAUUUGUGCAAAGGAGCUGUAAACCGCCUAAACCAGGCUUGUGCACCCUUCACUUGUAGAAGGAGGACACACAGGUGGCCAAUAACACUUUUCUACCACAUGGUGGAUGUGUCGUGCUACAAUGCGUAUGUCCUCUUCACGGCAGUGCGCCCAGAAUGGAACCGCGGGAAGUCGUUUAAAAGACGCCUGUUCCUGGAGGAAAUCGGGAAAUCAUUGACCACCCCGGCCAUUCUACAAAGGAGUCGUCUGCCCAAAGCACUGGCUGCGGCAAACCUGGUUGAGCAAACACGGAUGCAGCAGGAGGAGGAGCAGCGGCCACGGCGGGGGUCCUUAGGUAAACGAAAACAGUGUUCCAUGUGCACACGGAGGAAGAGAGUGGUUCUCCAGUGCAAUAUUUGUGGAAAAGCAACAUGCAAAAACCACCUCAAAAUGCUAUGUGACUCAUGCCAAUGAUAUUAAUGUAUACUGCUGGUUCUAGAGAUGUCCGAUAAUAUCGGACUGCCGAUAUUAUCGGCCGAUAAAUGCUUUAAAAUUUAAUAUCGGAAAUUAUCGGUAUCGGUUUCACAAAUUAAAAUGCAUGACUUUUUAAAACGCCACUGUACGGAGUGGUACACGGACGUAGGGAGAAGUACAGAGCGCCAAUAAACCUUUAAGGCACUGCCUUUGCAUGCCGACCCAAUCACAUAAUAUCUACGGCUUUUCACACACACACACACAAGUGAAUGCAAGCCAUACUUUGUCAACAGCCAUACAGGUCACACUGAGGGUGGCCGUAUAAACAACUUUAACACUGUUCCAAAUAUGCGUCACACUGUGAACCCACACCAAACAAAAAUGCCAAACACAUUUCGGGAGAACAUCCGCACCGUAACACAACAAACACAACAGAACAAAUACCCAUAACUCCUUGCAGCACUAACUCUACCUAGCCCCGUCCCCCAACUCAAGUGCCCCCCACCCCCCCGACCCCGGCCACCUCAACCUCCUCAUGCUCUCAGGGAGAGCAUGUCCCAAAUUCCAAGUUGCAGUUUUGAGGCAUGUUAAAAAAAAUAAUGCACUUUGUGACUUCAAUAAUAAAUAUGGCAGUGCCAUGUUGGCAUUUUAUUCCAUAACUGGAGUUAAUUAAUUUUACAAAACCUUGUUACAUUGUUUAAUGCAUCCAGCGGGGCAUCACAACAAAAUUAGGUAUUAUAAUGUGUUGAUUCCACGACUGUAUAUAUCGGUAUCGGUUGAUAUCGGAAUCGGUAAUUGAGAGUUGGACAAAAGCCAUUAUCGGACAUCUCUACUUGUCAUCCUCGCCCGAACCUGAGGACGACUUGGUGGUGUGAAUGGAUCAAACAUAACGACGGCGAGGAAUUCGUUGACCAGAUUUGUAUUUGGUCAAGCGAGCCUUGGACUGGAACUGCAGCUUCCAGGAGAAAAGUAUGGGGCUGAUGUUACUUUCUUUCCCUGUUUACCAGGACAAUUUAUCCUUAAAUACCUUUUACAUGAAGACACUUCCUCUGUGUUGGGAUAGUCCUGGGACUGGCAAGUCUGGACUAGGGUCGUACGUAAUACCGAUACUAAUAAAGUACCACGAUUUCUAAUUAAUUGAAAUUGGCAUUAUACUGACUUUGAAAAGUACCGGUACCGUUCUUUAAUCGGAGAGCCGAGGCGCAUGAUGUUGAUUGUGUCAAGUGGAAGAAUGUCAAAAAAAAAACAAUUCCACUGGUUAAUAAAGAGUGUGUGUGAAGCACAAUAUGGAGGUGUUUGGACUUCAAAACUAACGGUAAAGGUGACGCUUAAACAAGGAAGCGCCGCUCUUCAAGUGUUGCUUUAAAGGCCUACUGAAAGCCACUACUACCGACCACGCAGUCUGAUAGUUUAUAUAUCAAUGAUGACAUAUUAACAUUGCAACACAUGCCAAUAUUGCCGGUUUAGUUUACUAAAUUGCAAUUUUAAAUUUCCCGUGAAGUAUCCUGCUGAAAACGUCGCGGAAUGAUGACGCGUGCGCGUGAUGUCACCGGUUGUAGCGGACAUGUUCUUCCAGCCCGAUCCAAGCUAUAAGUAGUCUGCUUUAAUCGCAUAAAUGCACAGUUCUCUGGACAUCUGUGUUGCUGAAUCUUUUGCAGUUUUUUCAAUUGAUAAUGGAGACGUCAACGAAAAAAAAUGUUGGUGUAUUGCGGUCGGCUGCAGCAAAACAAACACAGCCGGUGUUUUGUUUUGUUUUUUACAUUCCCUAAAGAUGGCGGUGAAGCUUUAAUAUGGAACAGAGCCGUCAAGCGAACAUGGUUCUCUACCACAUGUCAACCGGCAGGUUUCGGUGAGAAAAUUGUGGUAAUGAGCCGGCUCUUACAGUAGACAUGAGCGGAGCUUGUGUCGUUCUUCCUGCAGCUGUCAACGAGACAGCUGCGACUCUCUUGGCUCCUCCGUGGCUUCCUCAGAGACACUGGCGGUCACCAAACUCCUCCGACUUUCAGGUAUGACUAUAUAAUCUCACUAAAACACUAGUAACACAAUAAGCAGAUAAGGGAUUUUCCAGAAUUAUCCUAGUAAAUGUGUCUAAUAACAUCUGAAUCGCUCCCAGUGCCCUUUUUUUUCUAGUCCUUCACUCUCACUAUACUCAUCCACAAAUAUUUCAUCCUCGCUCAAAUUAAUGGGGAAAUUGUCGCUUUAAUUGUCAUAACGUGGACUUUGGUGGGUUUUGUUUUCCCGUGGUGCAUAGCGAUUGAAGCGGGCACGGCGUGAAGGUAAAGACAUCUUUUAUUUACACUAUUAAAAGGAACAAACAAAAGGCGCGCACAAGGCGGAGAACAAACUUGGCUAUAAAAACAAAAACUUGAACUGAGGCAAAACUAUGAACAUAAACUAAAACUUGCACAAUGGCAGAACUAUGAACAACUAAAACGAAAACACUUACUGUGACCGAGAAAAGAGUAUGAAAAACAGCAUGGAUAUCAUGGGUUUGUAGAGGUUGAAGUCGCCAGGCUGACUACCUGGCAACUGUGGCUUAAAUAAUACUGUGGUUAUUGAACAGGUGCGUGAGUCAAAACAAAUCAGGUGCGGGACAUGACAGGUGAAACUAAUGGGUAACCAUGGAAUCAAGACAAGGGAGCGAAAAGGCAGGAACUAAAAACAGUCCGAAAACCAAACAGGACAUAAUUUAAACAAAACAUGAUCCCAGACAUUAAUAAAGCAUUUCUGAUUCUGAUUCCGACUCUAAAAAUACUUUUUGCAAACCAGUAAUUCUAAUCCGCAAAUGUGCCGUUGUUGAGUGUCUGUGCUGUCUGGAGAUCAGCGGAGUAACCGUGUAAUACUCUUCCAUAUCAGCAGGUGGCAGCAGGUAGCUAAUUGCUUUGUAGAUGUCGGGAACAUGGUUGGUCGUGAUCACAAUGUGCAGACGACAGCGGGAGGCAGGGUGCAGGUAAAAAGGUAUUUAAUGCUUAAACUAAAUAUAAACAAAAGGCAUUGAAGCUUUGGGAUGGCAAUGCAAAACGAAGCUAAAACGGAACUGGCUGCAAAGUAAAUCAAAACAGAAUGCUGGACGACAGCAAAGACUUGCAGUGUGUGGAGCAGCAGACGGUGUCCACAAAGUACAUCCGUACAUGACAUGACAAUCAACAACAAAAUAGGAGCGCAAAACAAGAACUAAAACACACAGAAAAACACCCAAAAAGUCAGGGCGUGAUGUGACAGGUGAUGACAGUACACCUACUUUGAGACAAGAGCUAUCGUGAUGCAUGCUUGGUUAUGGUUUGAAUUCAUAUCCAACAAUUGCGAGAACAACUUUUUAUCGUCAAUAUCGGCUGCUGAAUUUCAUUUUGUAAUGUUUUCUGCUGGUGGUGUGCCUCGAAAUUUUUUCAAUAAAAAAAAUGUGCCUUGGCUCAGAAAAGGUUGAAAAACA